UCAGUUCAGUUCAGUUUGAUUCUGUUCGGUUGAGUUGAGUUCAGUUGCAGUUUGUUAUCGCGUCGGAGCGCACAUACCAAAACAAAAUUUCGGCAACCAAAAGACGGAAUACAAUUUUUCGAAUAUACAUAUAUAUAUUUUUCACAACAAAAAUUUUAUUACGCCAAAAAAAAAAUAAAAAAUCAAAAACAAACGAAAAGGAAAGGCAACGAAGAAAGAAGCAGAUUUUUGAACUUGUGAAAGACAACAAAAAGAAAAAUAAAAUUAAUUCUUAAACAAUUUAUAAACGCGCACAUCGAAAUGUCGUAGCACAAAUACUUACACAAACACAACUUAUAAACUCACAUACAUACAUACUUAUAUACAAAAAUAUCAAUUUAUACGCAUUAAACAAAAACGCAUAAAAUUGCACGCACAUACUUACAAACAUCCAUGCAAGCAUUUAUACAGAAUAUAAUCUAAGGCGAAACAAUAUUAAAAAAAAAUUUAACUAAAAUACAAAGACACACAUACUUAUAUGCAAAUGUACGGCAUAAUAAAGUUAUGGCAGUGGCAGCAGCAUAAAAAUAUUAAUAUCGACAACAACAAAGGCAACACCGAAAUGGAGCGACAAUAAAUAGUAAUUUUAGCGUGUAAAACCCAACAACAACAACAUUCGAAAUUGUACAACACAGAAGAAAAACACCGUUACAACAAAGGUAUAUAGACAGGCAAAAAGCAACGCAUCGUACGGCUAGUUAUACAUACAUACAUAUGUACACACACAUCAAAACUGAACAAUCGACAUAAUUGCAUUUCAACGAGACUUUCAACAUAUCAAAAGCGUUAAAAGCGAAAUUUUCGAAACUAAGCAAAGCCAAGAUAGUAAGAAACGAAGCGAGCAGAGAGCAUCAAAGCAACGAAGAGUAUAGCAAUAGAGGACGAAAUAGCAAUUAAUUGCAGCAAUUUAACACAUAAGAGCACACUUUACAGCAACAACAAAUGCAGCAGCGAUAACUAAUAACGACGAGAACUUUUGUGACGGCACAACAACAACAAGAGGAAGAAAAAUAACAAACAAUACGCCAACAGCACUGAGUAGAGACAAGCAAAGCAACGUGAACAGCCACAGCAACAGUAACAGCAACUAAAACAACAAUAAUAAUAAUCAGUGCAACAGUAAUUUGAAAUCAAACAACGACGACUUUUAAUCCUUCAAAGCGCGCGCACUCACAUACACACACACACACGCAAGCUCACUUAGAGAAAUAUUUAUAUAUAUGUACAUAUAUGGCUAUAGCAGCCAAAAACAAAUUGAUAGUAAAAUAGAUAAACGCACUUAAGAACCGGAGAACUGAAACAAAUUACGCGAGCGACCACACCCACACAAACAACAACAACCAACAACCAGACGACCAACGCAUACAAAAACACACACACACACACAAACAAAUAACGGAAAACACAUAGCAAGCAAGUAAGCAAACGCGCACAUAACAAGUAGAAGCUUUACCAGACAACAGUGAGUGACAGUGUGCGCGCGCGCUCUUGUGUGUGUGUGUGUGUGUAUCGGUGUAAGUGCAGAAAAACUUCAUCCUCUUAGUUUGACUGACUAAAUCGCUUUAAGAGCGUCGCAAAAGCCGCAAAACUGGAGGAACACGGCAGCGGUGGUAGCGCCGGCGGUGGCAGCAGAGGCAGCGGUGGCAGCGGCAGUGCGAUGAGUUCGAAAGUCAGUUCACUGGAGGAGAAAGUGAAACUGCCGCCGACGGAGACGAUAAGCCGGUGUUAUCAGCCGCCAGGCAAGAAUCGUAAAGUCAUCCGCAUCCUUACCGUGGCGGUGUAUGUGUUAUGUGUCUCGUUGGCGGCGAUUAUGUUGUCACUGUACUACAUCUUUAUUUGGGAUCCAACUAUUAGACCCUUUGUCACUAAGGGCAACCAAUGCGACAAAAUUGUGAUACCAGAAAAAAUCGCCAUACGCCUACUCAAUUCAUCGGAAGUCACCGCUGAGCAAUUCUACAAGCACAUACUCGAACAAUAUCGCAUACUCAAUCAACUACAAUUGCAGCGACAACAGUUUCUACAAAAACAACAUCUCCAUCUACAACAACUAGCAGCAGCUAAUAAAUUUCAAGAGAUUUUCGCCACAGCGACAAUAAUACAAGCAAAUCCAAAUGAACCGUUACGCAAGCCGGUUACACCAACAAAUGGCACCUUCUUAUUCGAUCCAUCACGUACGCUAAUGGAUGGCAUGGAACCACGUAUACCAAUAUUGGAUACUGCGCAAGCGCCCAUACCAGUGCUGGCACCCGCAUCUGCGCUUGCAACGGCAACCUCAUCGUCCUACUCCUAUUCAUCCUCCUCCUCCUCCUCCUCGUCAUCCUCCUCGUCAUCGGCAACAGCGGCAGCAUCAAAUAAUGGACACAACAAACGUAAAAUGCAUCGUAAACAUUACAACAACAACAACCAUCAUCGACACACAUCACGUAAAAAUCAUCGCAAGAACCAGAGCGUGGCAGGGAACAACAACAACAAUGCUGAUAACAGUAACAAUAAUAAUAAUAACAACAACAACAACGACUAUGAACCCGAACCGUUUGUAGUAGAAUCACCACCCAUGAAUCCGCCCAUACUCUCCGUGGUCCAAGAGCCCUACACACAACUGCCCAUACCGUUGGUGUUGAAUUCGCGCGAAGACAAGCGACCCAUCUACUAUACGCACAACGAGCGCAGGAGUGGUGGUGGCGCGCGUAAGCGUUCGGGUUACGAGGUGCAGACCUACAUGAAUCCGCUACUAACGGGUGAACUAAUAUUCGAGAAAUAAAGGAUGGAAGUAGGAGGAUUUGAAAAUUAGAACUUUGUGGCGGAUUGAUCAAAAGUAUUAGUGUAAAGUGGAAUAUGAAUGUGGUUGGGAGAAGGAUUUAUGAAAAACUCAGAAUUUUGUUACUUCAGCAAUGGACGGUAAGGGACGGCUAGUCUUUGAAGAAUGUUUGGCGUGCAGUGUUUGGGGAAAAUGCAAAGAAAAGUAAAAAAAACAACAAUAACAAAAAAAUACUGCCAUUACUACCGCCCCGUUACAAAGCCACGGGCAACAGCAGAGACAGCAAAGGCUAAACGCAUUUGCUGUAUUUGCAGCAAUUGCCAGCUAACAAUAAUAACAGCAAAAGAAAACUAUUGAAAAACAGAAAACAAUAAGCAAAGCAAAAGAGGAAACAACAAACAAGCAAACAAACGAACUAGAGCAUAUAUAGCAAUUUUUUGAAUGUGUAGCAAUUAGUGAUAAAAUAGCAAAGAAAAUAUACCUAAAAAACCAAAAAAAAAAAAUCCAAAAUAUCAAAAAAAAACCUGUAUAUUGAUAUAUCUAAAUAGCGAAAACUACAAAAAAAAACUUAUAUAUCCGUAUACCCAAACAACCAACACAACUUAUAAUCGUCUGUAUGUACUGUUUAUACACGUAUUGUAUGUUUAUAUAUAAUCGAAAAAAAAAAAAAAAAAAAAAAAUAAACCUUCCCGCCUCUAUACACCAAAAUCACUAAAUCACACACUUACUCACCAAACUUUAUACUCUUAUCACGUGCAUAUGAUAUUUAGAACAUUUGAAGCCGCAUGAAACAAAUCAAAAAAAAAAUAAAUAAAUAAAUAAACAAACAAAUAUAGAAAAACACAUUAAUGCACACAUGAAAACGCAUAGGAACGCAUAAAAAAUCACGUGAACGCAUGAAAAUCACAUUUAUUGUACGCUAUCACACACACACACACAUACCCACUCCUACUCACACACAUUCCGUACGCCUUCACCUAAACGCUACUCAAAUCAAUCUCAACUCGUUCUCAACACCCACUCGUUCACUUAUUCACUCGCUCAGCUCUUUUUAGAGACUCACUCACACACACACACACGCGCGCAUUUACUAGUGAAGAAUUUAAUCACCAAAUCAAAUCAAGUACACCACCAACAAUAAAAACAAGAAGAAAAAAAGAAAGGAAAUGUAACAGAAUUGAAAAAACUAAGGAUUAAAAAAAAUACUGUGAACAACAACAAAUCAAAUAGGUCUUAUAUAUAUGUGUACUAUGUAUUGAAUUGGGGGGUUAACGUCGUAUAGGAAGACGGAGGGGGAAAAUGGCCUUAAAACAAAAGGCAUUAAACUCAAAGUAGUCAAAGGUUGCAGAAGAAAAAGAAUGAAAAGUAUUCAAAAAAAAAAAAAAACAAAAAAAAAAGAAUUA